CUCUGCCACUCUGCCACUCUGCCAAGCCCUUCCACGCUUGCUCUUUCCGUGCCACCAGCCCGCGCGGUUUCCAUUUCUGAACGACAACAACAUCCAAUCUCUGCUGCGACUCCGGACUUUCUCUCUCCCUCUUCACAUCCUCCGCAGUGUCAAGCCACAUGGGCAGCGAGUGUAUGAUUAUUUGGUGAGCGCUGUUGCGCCAACCCGCCUACGCUUACGUAUGUCAACAUGGCACGACCUUUCCCCAAUACCUUCGAUAACGACUCGCCUCUGUAGGUGCCCCAAAAUAGACUUCCAAUUGCUAACUUUUCCCCCCACUGGCGCACCGCAUUGUAUUUCAUCAAACUUACCCCACGACACAGGUCUCCUCCUCAAUCCGCAGGUGGCGGCAACGCUCCCAUCUCAUAUCGGACGAACGUCAAUCGCCAAAAGACGACCAAGUGGACACAGGCAAAGGCGGUUGAUUAUGGCGGAGACGAUUGGGGCAGCGACGAUGAAUACGACCUCCCUCCGCCUCAAGUCAUCAAGAAGCCGACCGGUCUUCGACAGCAGGGCCAGGGACUUCCCAGCCAGUCGCAAGGAAACUCGCCCGCAAUUGAUUAUGGUAGAAAGGCAUAUGGUCCAUUAGCGGGCGGUCCGACGGCUAGUAAUCCUCGAGGACGAACUAACUCUUUUGGGGCCGAUGAAGAGAGGAGUUUCUCAAGUACUGCCAUCCCGCAACAAUCACCCUCUUCUGGAGGCCCUGCCACCCGAUUCUCCCAGAUUACCGGCUUGCCAUCCACUCGUCAUGCCAGUGGCCCUCCUGCUCUGUCCGUCGCUAUACAAUCUCCUACGACAGGCUUGCGUAAACCAAGUCAAAGUCAAGCAUUGCCAGCGCUAGCCGAGUCCCCUUUACCAGAUAUAUCAGGACCAUCAUCCUUGCCAGCGCUAGCCGAGUCCCCUUUACCAGAUAUACCAGGACCAUCGUCCGAGCCAGCUUCUGCCGCUACAUCUCAAACUCCUGUCAGUGACUAUCAGGCUUCGAGAGACUUCUCUCCAUCCGCUGUUCCUCAGCCACUAUCUACACGGACUUCACCAGCGCCUUCGUCCCCAGAGGCUGUAAGAGACCGCUCACAAUCGACUACAACAUUUCCUGCUAGAAAAAGCAGCCUUAGUCAAUCAACAGGGCCACCUGACUUGACCAACCCAAUGCAAUCAUCUCAGGAGUCCGCGCCACCGAGGCCAUGGACGGCUGGUCGGUCUUCGUCGCCCGCAGAAACCCCUAGGACUCCUGGUACCCCGGGCAAGAAACUGCCGUUUAUACGGCCGGCGGACAUUUACAAGCGAGCUGAAGAGGAACGGCAGUCAAUGGAAUCAGGGAGACCUAGUAUGGAUUCUAUCAUGGGCACGAGGGGUAACGAAAGGGGCGAAUCCCCAGCGAGGCUAGCUAGCCGAGAACGUACAGACAGUUUGGGCUCAAGGACUAGGAGUAGCGUAGAUGACGAGGGCUCCGAGUCUGGCCGACGCUUAAUGCCAAUGCUGGAUACAGUGAAAGAGAGGAAGAGCGAGUAUGGGUUUGAAGGUUUCAAUGUCAAUGAUCAUGCUGAACCGGCAAACCAAGGCCAGACAGCGCAUGAACCGACUCAAUCAUCACAUCUUAGCGAGCCCAGCUUAGAAGUUCUACGCAGCCACUCGACGAGUCCCAAGCUCCCAGAUUUAAAUCGCAUGUCGUCAUUUGGAAUGGAUAUGUUCUCGCCUAGUCGCACCGAUGAUGAGAACCCCAGAAAGAGUGAAACUGCCACCCCCCCUCCGGCGAGUGAAAUUACGCUUCACAGCAAACCAUCGAUUGGUCUGAGGUCUGCUGUUCACCAGGCAUUUGACAGAUCUGACGGUUCUUCGGUACCACCUACGCCAGCUUCGCGAACUGGCAGUGGCGUUCGAAGGACCGAUAGUGAGAGUACUGGAACAACUGGAAUUAGUCCUAUCAUGAGCCGAGUCCCUAGUACUGCCAUACCCAACACUCAAAAUCGUGAUUUCUCCACGCCUGCUAUACCUGAAGCCAUAGAUGAACCUGUAUCGCCCGACAGAUCUAAACCUAGAGUUCCUGCAUCAAAGACGAUCCCCUUAACUCAGCCUCAACCUGUUGUACCGGGGUUUAAGCCAGGCCAUCGGCGCGAUAUUAGUGCUCCCAGUCCUGGCAAUAGUCCAGCACGAACACCAAAUGUCGAGACUACUAUUAUUUCGCCCCCGGCUCAUGAAGUUAUGAUUACUGAUGCAAGCCCAACUGAACAAUCAAGGCCUUUGGCCGAAAGAGAACAAAGCUUUCGACCAAUAAUCCCUGGCGGCUGGACGUCUUAUGCUGCUUCAAGCAAGGGAGAUGCCGUUGAGCAAGAAGUGCACGGUGGUGAUGUUGUCAAAUCCGAUCCUGUAAACGAACCAUAUCCUAUCCCCCACGAUGAUUACCAUGACCUCACGCCAACUUCUACACGAGGCACUGCGCAAAUCCCGUUGGACAGAGAUAAUUCGCUUCCCACCCCGGAUCCCGCAAUGGCUCCAAGUGGAAAUCUUUAUUCAAAGGCUCCUUUGGAUCCAAGACUUCUACCGAAGCUUGAGCAGGUCCCUAUAGAAACUCAACUUCGUCCUGAUGUUGUUCAUGGAGCCUUAUCAGCUCAAUCAAGCGCUGCACCAACACCACCUCCAAAAGAUACCCCUCUGCAGCCGGAGGGUAGCUCUAGUUAUUUCCCACAUAAAGAUGUAACGGUGAACCAAAAGCCAGGCGAGACUUUAGAAAGCUCUGGUCAAACACAGGCAUUGCCAACUUUUGCUGCAGAUGAUGAAUUUCCAGAAGACGAGAAUGACAGACUACGCGAAGAGAUCGUAAAAACACUUACCCCACGACAGUCAACCAUUGGAGUUGACACCUCAACGCUAUCAGCGCAGCCAAAUGAACUCACACAAACCGGUCUGGAUAGAGACAGCGCAUAUUUACCAUCAGAGUAUGACAAUUACUGGCAAUCGUCUGCUGAUGACGAGAAACCAGUUCCAGCUGCUGUGCUAAGUUCAAAGGAUGAUGUCGUUUUAAAGCCAAGUGCACGUCCUGAUCCCACGCCAGUCAUGGAUGAAGCGUCGAGAUUUAUCGAUUCGGAAACACCAACUAUACCACCCCUUAAAACACGUAGAAUCUCUCAACAGCUUCUUGAGUCAAAGCCGAACACCCUCCAACACCGCUUCUCCUGGGAAAAAAGUACCGAGACUGUGCCCGACAUGGGAUCUUCAGCUACCAAUACGGGACCAGAACCGGAACAUAAUGAAGCUGAUCACGUUGCGCCUGCGCCAGCAUUGCGGCAUUCAGACCAUAGUGGCCUCAUACUUGAUGAAAGACCAAUAUCAGACAGUACAUCGCAUAGUUCUUCAGCUCAAGAUCACCACACAGGCACAGAUGCCGCGCUUAUCACCGGUGGCGCUGGAACCAUAGCUGCCGCUAUCACCACACCCCCUAGUCACCCUGACCGCCGUCAGUCACUUGCUGACGAAAAGGAUCAUCGAGUGUCUCCAAAUAACUUCACUCCAACCCCACCGGAAAGCGAUCACUCGGCAACGUCACCCGGAGCGCAAGUCUCGCCAGCCGAACUUCAUGUUUCGCCAACCACUGCACAGUUUCCGCCUAUAGGACCGCACGGGGGUCAACAUGAGAGACUUAUGGCAUUCAAAGAAAUCGCGGCUUUGAAAUCGCAGCAGGAAAGAACGCAAGCUUUUAAUGCAACUAGGCAACGUUACGCGGCCAUGGAUUCUGGUUUAAGUACGUGGAUCGAGGCAAUUCAAGCGCAGCAUCCAGAGCAUGCCGAUGCAGCUGGAUGGGGAAACAUAUCAAGAUAUAGUGCAUCUGGAACCUCUUCGGCUAGGUCCAAAUUCGCAAAGGUCACGGGUUCGGGGGCGCCAUCGACACAGCAACCAUAUUAUCAGCAAUACCUAAAUGCCAGCUCUCCAACAACUCCAACGGCAUCAAGUUCACGGCCAGGGCUAAGCACUCAAAGUAGCGGCCAACAAGGCUUUUCUCCUGCAAGUGCGAAAUUGACGACUCAACAAGUUCAGGCCAAAGGAAAAGAAUUAGGAAAAGAACUUUUUCACACGGCUGGCAUAUUUGGUGGAAAGGCGGGCAAAGCAGGGAAGGGGCUUCUUGCCAAGGGCAAGAGCAGAUUUCGAGGUUCUGGUGGGGGAGACAAGGUAGAAUGAUAUCUCCUUCCUAAUGGGUUGCUAGGCGUUUCUUAUUUGAUUUUUGGAUUUUUCGAGGACUAAUCAGGCAACUUUCUGAUCUGGUCCGAGGGAUUUGCUGUGGACAAGAAAAGCGUCACUUAAUGAAAUCGAGGAAUUAUGGCCAAGGGACCAAUUCGAGAUUCUUGGGUUUAUUACGUUCUUCAUCAAUGUGCCCCGACA